ACCUCCCGCUGCGCCCGCCAGCUCCAUCUCCAGACCGCGCGCCGCGAAGCGCCCUGCCCCACGCGCCCCCUCGAACCAGGCACCCGGACCACCCCACCUGCGCCCAGCCCAACCCCUCCACCCAGCCCCUGGACCGCCCGCUGCGCCGCUGCAAAAAUCCAGAGCGCCCGGAGCCAGUGCUGAACAUCCGAAUACCGAUCGUCCAGGGUUUCGUUUCGUUUAGCCACUCUGGCGCUACUUGCUGUUUGUCUCCAAACACGGUUUCUUUGCCUCUUUGGACUUGCGGCUAGUUGAACCAUGGUGACAACUCCCGCCCGUGCUUUCGAGGCCCUCAUGCAUGGAGUGACCAGCUGGAAUGUCCCCAAAGGCCCCAUCCCAUGUGAACUGCUUCUUACUGGAGAGGCCUCCUUCCCAGUGAUGGUGAAUGACAAGGGCCAGGUCCUCAUUGCUGCCUCCUCCUAUGGCCAAGGCCGCCUGGUGGUGGUGUCCCAUGAGGGCUACCUGCUGGAUGCUGGCUUGGCUCCAUUUCUUCGUAAUGCGGUGGGUUGGCUCUGUCCCUCACCUGGGGCUCCUACUGGAGUGCACCCUUCCCUGACAUCACUAGUAAGUAUCCUGCAGGGCUGUGGGGUUCAGGCACAAGUUCAGCCAGAAGUGGGGGCCCCUGUGGGGGUUUACUGCAUCGACGCCUACCAUGAUAUGAUGACUGCAGAGCUGAUCCAGUUUGUGAAAUGUGGAGGCGGCUUGCUCAUCGGGGGCCAAGCCUGGCAUUGGGCCAGUCAGCAUGGUCCUGACAACGUGCUGUCCAGGUUCCCCGGGAACCAGGUGACAAGUGUGGCCGGAGUGUACUUCACCAACAUCUGUGGGGACACAGGCCGGUUCAAGGUCUCUAAGAAGAUACCCAAGAUCCCACUCCACGUCAGGUGUGGCGAGGAUCUGAGGCAGGAUCAGCAGCAGCUCCUGGAAGGGAUCUCAGAGCUGGACAUCAAGACGGGGGGAGUCCCCUCGCAGCUGCUGGUGCACGGGGCCCUCGCCUUCCCUCUGGGGUUAGAUGCCUCGCUCGGCUGCUUCCUGGCAGCUGCCCGCUAUGGCCGGGGCCGGGUGGUCCUGGCUGCCCAUGAGGCCAUCCUCUGUGCUCCCAAGCUGGGGCCCUUUUUGCUCAAUGCUGUGCGCUGGCUGGCCAGAGGCCAGACGGGCAAAUUGGGGGUGAACACACAUCUAAAGAACCUGUGUGCCCUCCUGUCAGAGCAUGGCCUGGAGUGCAGUCUGCAGCCCCAUCUGACGCAUGACUUGCGUGUCUACUGCUGUGUGGCUUACAGUGACCAGGAGGCUAAGCAGCUGCAGGAGUUUGUGGCUGAGGGUGGGGGCCUGCUGAUCGGGGGCCAGGCCUGGUGGUGGGCCUCCCAGAACCCAGGCCGCUCUGCUUUGGCUGGUUUCCCUGGUAACGUUAUCCUCAACUGCUUAGGCCUCAGCAUCCUAGCUCAGACCCUUGAUGCAGGCUGUUUCCCUGUCCCUACCCCCGAGAUGCGGAGCUACCACUUCCGCAAGGCGCUGUCCGAUUUCCAGGCUGCAUUGAGCCAUGGGGGUGGGAACUUGGAAAAGCGCUGGCUGGCAAAGCUGGGAGCAGAUGGCGCAGCCUUCCUACAGAUCCCUGCAGAGGGGGUCCCUGCUUACAUAUCCUUUCACCGACUCCUGAGGAAGACCCUGCGUCUGUCAGGCCUCCCAGCUGUGAGCCGGGAGCACCCUGUGGCUGGUGACUCCUUUGAGGCUGCAGUGCUCUGCCUGGCCACGGAGCUGGCACACUCUGGGACCGACUGCUCCCAGCUAGUACAGGAGCUUGGAACCUGGACCUGCAGCUCUGGACACCCCAUCACUGUGGAGAUCGAUGGGAGCAACCCAGGCCACUGUGAUGCCUGGGUGAGCACUGGGCUCUACCUCCCAGGUGAACAGAGUGCAGAAGUCUCACUGUCUGAAGCCGCAGCCGGUGCCGGCCUGAAGGUACAGAUUGGCUGCCACACUGAUAACUUGACCAAGGCCAGCAAGCUGUCUCGAGCCCCUGUGGUGACUCAUCAGUGCUGUAUGGACAGGACCAUACGAUCCAUCUCCUGCCUCUGGGGUGGCCUUCUCUAUGUCAUCGUGCCAAAGGGCAGCAAACUGGGCCCCAUAUCUGUCACCAUCAAGAGGGCUGUGCCUGCCCCAUACUACAAGCUGGGUAAGACAUCUCUGGAGAACUGGAGGAACUGUAUCCAGGAGAGCACAGCUCCCUGGGGAGAGCUGGCAACAGAUAAUAUCAUCUUGACAGUGCCGACUGCAAACCUGCGAGCCCUGGAGGACCCUGAGCCAGUGCUCCGCCUCUGGGAUGAGAUGAUGCACGCGAUAGCCCGGCUAGCAGCCCGGCCUUUCCCUUUCUGCUGUCCCGAGAGGAUUGUUGCUGAUGUGCAGAUCUCAGCUGGCUGGAUGCACUCAGGAUACCCCAUCAUGUGCCACCUGGAGUCGGUGCAAGAGCUCAUCAAUGAGGCAGGCAUGAGGAGCACGGGUCUGUGGGGACCCAUCCAUGAGCUGGGUCACAACCAGCAGCAACAAGAGUGGGAGUUCCCGCCACACACCACUGAGGCUACCUGCAACCUCUGGUCUGUCUAUGUGCAUGAAACAGUCCUGGGCAUCCCCAGGGCUAGGGCCCACCCUGCUCUGAGCCCUCCAGAACGAAAGAAGAGAAUCAAAAUGCACCUGGGAAAAGGAGCCCCCCUGCAUGACUGGAAUGUGUGGACAGCUCUGGAAACAUAUCUACAGCUCCAGGAGGCCUUUGGGUGGGAGCCGUUCACCCAGCUCUUUGCUGAGUACCAAACGCUUUCUGGCAUCCCCAAAGACAAGGAUGGCAAGAUGAAUCUGUGGGUGAAGAAGUUCUCUGAAAAGGUGCAGAAGAAUCUGGCUCCAUUCUUUGAGGCCUGGGGCUGGCCUGUCCAGAAGGAAGUGGCAAACAGCCUGGCCUGUUUGCCUGAGUGGCAGGAAAACCCCAUGCGGGUGUACAGGCAUCCUCAGAAGUAAACGACGUGCAGCAAGGUGGUGGGGGAGAGGCGGUUAAGUCAUAAGACAAAAUGACACCAACUUUCUCAGGAAAAUGCCUUUGUUACUGUUCCCGUUUAUACUGUUGCUCUCACUGACUUGUUUCACUGCCCUAAUCCUCCAGCAGAGGAUCUUACAUCUGCAUAUCUUAAGGUCCUGCAGGCUCUCAGCUCCUAGUUUUGACCAACAGUUCUUUUUUUAUUUUUAAGAUUUUAUUUACUUAAGAGAGAGAGAGCACAAGAGAGCGAGCAUGAGCAGGGGGAAGGGCAGAGGGAGAGAGAGAGAGAGAGAGAGAGAGAUGCAGACUCCCCGCUGAGCAGGGAGUCAGAUCAUAACCUGAGCCAAAUGUAGAUGCUUAACCGACUGAACCAGCCAGGUGCCCCUUGAUCAACAGUUCUAAAGACUAUGGGUUACCAUAAUAAUCUGAUAUCACUCCUCACCCCUGCCAGCCCUGAACAUGGCUGGUAAUUUCUUAUGCUUUGGGAAGUUUCCUAAUGGCAAGAGAGACAGGCUGAUAUAGAGAGCCCUGAACCUGCUUCGGUACUAUGGAAAAUCUCUUAAAAAGUCUCUGUCUAUGCUUCUGUAUUCUUAUCCAUGACAUGGGGAUAAAAGUAUGGUGUUUGAUAAUGGUAAACAUGUUCAUCCACUGCAAUAUGCAUACACAUGCAAGGGUAUUCUUUAGCUUUUGCCAGGGCCCAUGGUGGUCUGUCUGGACAACCUGAAAACUGAAUCCCACUUCAGAGUUGGCCACCUUGAGGUGGGCAUGUAGUCUCUGCGUAAGAGUGUUUAAUGCAUUAUCAGUGUUGUUCCAGACAUGAUAUCACUGAUAGUUAUUGAGAUCCUAGCCUGUCUUUUGUCCCUUCUCCCACCUCUGGAAGGAUUCUUGGGUAUGACCUAACCCAAG